UUUGCUUACACGCCGCCGAAGGUCCAGACUCAGAGGCUUGUUCCCACGCUGGACGUGGCAGCCGCGGCCUGCCAAGCAGUGCCCACCGCCACCGCCUAAGCUCCCCCGUACCCCUUGACCCGGCGGCCUCUGCCACCCAGCACGGCACAAUCACUCACUCUCUGCAUCCUCCCCUCCCCUCUCCUCUGCGCCACCUUAGCCAAGCUCUCCUCCUUCCUUCCCCGCCCGCGCGCGCUCUCUCCUCGCCGGCGCCGCCCCGCGCCAUGUCGUACAACAAGACCGCCUCCAUCACCGCCGAGACCAUAAACCCCAAGGUGAAGAUCUUCGACUACGAGCCCUGCGGGGAGAUCGCCAGGCACGCAGAGGUAACAGCAACAGUGCUGCCUGCGCUCACCCCCCGCCGUUCAUCUGUCCAUGUAUGUAUGUAUGUAUGUAUGUGUCGCAGUCCAGUCAGACUGUCUGUCUAUCGACACAGCCAGUGGCAGUGGCCAGUGGGUUACCUCUGACAUAGUAGUACCCGAGUGCACAAGCUAACUAAAGAAAUGACUGCUGUAAACUGAAACUAAAGUAGUGCACAAGCCAACUAAAGAAAUGACUUCUGUAAACUGAAACUAAGUGCUAGACUGCAUUUUGCACUACAGCCAGUUCAGAUGAUGCAUCCAACUUUGAUCUUUGGUAUCAUCUGGCAUUCCUGGCCCAUAAUACAUCUGCAAAAACACUGGUUUGACCGUACAAGUUUCCUAUCGGCAUAUGCCGGUUUUCGUGUUAUCCAGCGGUUGGCGCAGGAGAUGGAGAAGAGCCCAGGUUCUCGCCCUUUUCCAGAGAUAACAUACUGCAACCUUGGGAACCCCCAGGCUCUCGGCCAGCGACCCAUAACCUUCUUCCGUGAGGUUCUUUCUCUGUGUGACAAUCCAGCUCUCCUGCACAGGGAUGAAACUCGUAUGCUAUUCAGCCCAUGUGCCAUAAAUAGAGCGCGGAAGAUUAUUGAGUCCAUGCCCGGCAGAAACUCUGGUGCAUAUACUAACAAUCAGGGAAUCAGAAGUUUGCGGGAAGCAGUUGCAAAUGGAAUCGCUGCAAGAGAUGGUUUUCCAUCAAGACCAGAGGACAUCUUUCUGACAGAUGGAGCGAGUUCAGCCAUUAAUUUGAGUAUGCAGAUACUCAUUAGGUCCCAAGAAGAUGGCAUUCUAUGCCCUUUACCUGAAUAUCCGUUAUACUCGGCGUCCAUUAUACUUCAUGGUGGGACUAUGGUACCAUACAAUCUUAGUGAGGACGGUGAUUGGGGGCUUGAGAUCUUCGAAGUAAAGAGGUGCUUGGAGGAGGCACGCAUCGCAGGUUUGACUGUUCGGGCUAUGGUGAUCAUAAACCCCGGAAAUCCGACGGGACAGGUACUGUCUAUCACCAACCAGGAGGAGAUAGUAGAAUUUUGUCGGAAAGAAGGUUUGGUUAUGCUUGCCGAUGAGGUAUACCAAGAUAACGUCUAUGUGGAGGAUAAGAAAUUCCAUUCUUUCAAGAAAGUAGCCAGAUCACUUGGGUAUGACGAGAAUGACAUCUCCAUAGUGUCAUUUCACUCGGUCUCGAUGGGGUUCUCUGGAGAAUGUGGCAGAAGGGGAGGCUACAUGGAGAUAUGUGGUUUUGGAGAUGAUGUGAUGGGUGAGAUUCGCAAAGUGGCUUCUGUGACUCUUUGCCCCAACACAAGUGGUCAAAUUCUUACUAGCCUUGCUAUGGAUCCACCGAAGCUGGGAGAUGGUUGUUUUGAGGAUUUUAUGGCUGAAAAGGAAGACAUCCGUUUAUCUCUCGCCAAGCGCGCCAAGACCUUGGCGAGCGCAUUCAGCAGCCUGGAGGGAAUGACCUGCAACAAAGUAGAAGGUGCAAUCUACGCCUUCCCACGGAUCCACCUCCCUGCAGCGGCGAUCAAAGCCGCCAAGGCCGAGGGCAUGUCUCCAGACAUGUUCUACGCGUGCCGCCUUCUCAACGCCACCGGGAUCGCCAUUGUCCCUGGCUCUGGAUUCCACCAGGUGUCUGGGCGCAACAAGGCCACCGGGACAUGGCAUAUCCGGUGCACGAUCCUCCCCGGCGAGGACAAGAUCAAGGCGAUGAUCCCACGCCUCAAGGAGUUCCACGAGUCCUUCAUGAACGAGUUCCGCAACCGAAGCUGAUGCGCACUUUCACCUACACAAGCCACAGGCCGGUCAGAGCUCCGAAGGUGUGAUCUUCACUACCUUGUAAAUUAAACCUGUGUUGUACUGCCAAUAAAUAAACUUUCACUACCCUGUAAAUUAAGCCUGUGUUGUACUACCAAUAAAUAAACUUUGGCAGCGGUGUGUUCGUCCUUCCCUGUAAAUUAAGCCUGUGUUGCUGUAACACAUUUUGGCUCUGCAAAGUGCAAGCCUGGUAUAUGUAGCUGCCUGUCUCA